CCUUUCGGUUCAGGUUCGACCAUAAUAUGUGAACGGCUGGUUUAACAAGUAUAUACGAAGAGUUGCAACCGGGGAUUAGGAAUAAUAAUAAUAACUAUUAUUACCAUUAUUAUUAUUACUAUUAUAAAAAAAGGGCCAAAGAGGGUCGAGCCCUCAUUAACCCAAAUUCCCCACGAUCCCAUCCCUCUCUCUCUGUGUUUCCCUAUCCCUACACCAGAGGAAACCCUAAAUCCCUUACCUCUAGGUUUAUUCCAUUUUUCUAUUCGGCAAAGAAGUUUCGAGAGACUUUGCCGCAAGAUGCCAAAUUUCCAUCUUCUUUGAAACCCAAAAUUCCAUAACGCUAAGUUUAUUACAUUUUUCUAUUCGGAAAGAAGUUCGGGAUCGCAGCAAGAUGUCGCCGAAGCCAAUGGAUCAUGGGCUGCUGUAAUGGUUUGCUUGCGCUGCGCGAUUCUAAUGACGGCACAAUCUUAAUCUUGAACCCUAUCACUGACGAGAAGCCGAUAGUUCCGAACAUCGAUAGCACCUCCAGCAAUAUCGUCUAUGGUUUUGGGUAUGAUUCUAAGAACGCCGACUACAAUUUAGUUACUUUGUUACGUCAGUCCAACAAGACCUAGUUCGGUGUUUACAGCCUUAGGCAAGAUUUAUGGCGGAAGGUUGGGAGGAUCCCUCAUAAACUGCGCGAUGGGAACUAUGGGAUUAGUGUUGAAGAUUAUUUGUACUGGGUGAUUGGGGGUUAACAAUGCACACAUGGAAACUUGACAUCACGUUCAAUCCACCUUAACUCAAACUCAGAUCAUCGACUGAUUACUAAGGUGAGUGUAAAGGGGGUAAAUUCUACGCCUUACGUGUUCUUUCAAGAAUUACAAGUCUUAAGUAUUUUGAUGAAAUGAUUGUCGUUGUUUGAUUGUGCUUAUGGUUGAUGAUAUGUGAUUUUGUUUGAACUAUGUUUGAUGUGAAUGUGCAUGAGUUCUUGGUUAAUUUAAAGCUUUUCGUUUAUAAGUUAUUGUUAAAGUUAAGAAACAAGUUAUUUUUAAAGAAGUAACUCACCUUCAAGAAGGUGAAGUCGUUUUAAGUGUUUUUAGUCACUAGCGCCAGUCCGUUGCCUUUUGAGACAUUUUGAGAUAGAGCAGCAGUUAUGCUCUUGAGAAUCGUGGUGAAGAGCCACCACGAUAAGUUUAAGAUGUUAGGGGGAUGAAUCGUUACGACUCCCCUAACUAAGUUUAAGUUUAAGGAAAGCCUUGAUGGCUUCUCAUACGUAUGAGUUGGCAACCAGACUAGCUAAUGAGGGAUCCCCGUGUCAGUCAAGUAUUUAAGUCAAGAUUUAAGCUUUAAGAGAGGAGAGUAACUUCAAUUCCCUCAAAGUUUAAGAGUUAAGAUUUUAAGAUUGGAAGUACAAGCAACUUCCACUAGUCAAAGUUAAGUGUUUAAGUAAAGUACUCAAGUAUUAGAAUUAUUAAAACGUAAGGUCGUAG